CCUGAGGUCUUGCAUCAGAACGACAGGAGAACCGUCACAGAAGCAGAGACCCGGGUCAGUUCACAACAUGAGGCUGUCAUCGGGCUGGACGACGCUUCUUUACCUGCUGCUCCAUGGAGCUGCUACUGUCUGCACAGUUAAAAAGCCGCCCAGUAGCCCUGGAAGGUUUGCCAAUGCCACCUUGGUGCGGCUGGCUGACUUCCUGAGCGCUGGGUAUAAGAAAGGAGUGAGACCUGUGAAGGACUGGAGGACGUCCACUAUCGUGGCCAUAGACCUCAUGGUUUACUCCAUCCUCAAUGUGGACGAGAAGAACCAGGUUUUGACGACGUAUGUGUGGUACAGGCAGUCGUGGACGGAUGAGUUCCUGGUGUGGAACCCAGAGGAUUUCGAUGAAGUCAAGCAAGUCUCCCUGCCCACAGCUAACGUCUGGGUUCCUGACAUUCUCAUCAAUGAGUUCGUCGAUGUGGGGAAGUCUCCAGAUAUUCCUUACGUCUACGUUACACAUGAGGGUCUGGUGCAGAACUACAAGCCCAUCCAGGUCGUCACUGCCUGCACACUCAACAUCUACAACUUCCCGUUUGACGUCCAGAAAUGCAGCCUCACCUUCCAGAGCUGGCUCCACACCAUCGAUGACAUCAACAUCACCCUGAUGCGAAGCCCCGAGAAGCUCCGGGACGACAAGAGCGUCUUCAUGAACCAGGGAGAGUGGGAGCUGCUGCACAUUCUGUCCAAUUACAAGAUCUUCAGCGUGGACAAUGACGACUACUACGCAGAGAUGAAGUUCCAUGUGGUGAUCCGACGGCGGCCGCUGUUUUACACGGUGAACCUGCUGCUGCCCAGCGUCUUCCUGAUGGUGAUGGACAUCGUUGGUUUCUUUCUGCCACCAGACAGCGGAGAGAGAGUUUCCUUUAAGAUCACUUUGCUGCUCGGCUACUCGGUCUUCCUCAUCAUCGUAUCUGACACCCUGCCUGCCACGGCCAUCGGAACGCCACUGAUAGGUGUGUACUUCGUGGUCUGCAUGGCUCUCCUGGUGAUCAGCCUAACAGAAACCGUACUGAUUGUUCGUCUGGUCCACAAGCAGGAUCUGCAGCCUCCCGUCCCCCACUGGGUGAAGUACCUGGUCCUGGAAAGAGCUCCGGUUCUCUUCUGCAUCCACAAAAAGCACCGCUUCUGUGCGAGGCUGUCGUCUCAGGCUUCAGAGCUGGACCGCUCCAAGGACAACAACUACGGGACGGCGCAGUGCUCCCUCCACCACACCUGUGAGAUAGGCCAGAGGGUCAGCCAGCAAGACAGAGAGGGUGGAAUGCUUGGACUUCGCCUGGCCCCGUCCAGGGACAACACUCCGCCCGUCAUGGACAACAUCCUCCAAGAGGUGACGGCCAUUCGGCAGUUCCUGGAGAAGAGGGACCGGUGUCGGGAAAUCGCCAAGGAGUGGCUCCAGGUUGGCUACGUGCUGGACGUGCUGCUCUUCAGAGUCUACCUUGUGGCCGUGAUCGCCUACAGCAUCACACUGGGCACUCUGUGGUCAGUCUGGCAGGUGGCCUGAGUUUCGCUCCGCCAGUCAGCGUAGGUCAAUCACAAAUAAGUAUAUCAAAUGUAAGUGGCUGAAGCUCAUCGGAUAAAGGAGGCAUUCAUGAAGAGAGACAUAACUCCUCUAGAUGAGGCCACCAUGUAAAUUCAGGGGACGAGACACUAAAAUGUCCUCGUAAACAUUAUAAUUUAGGCCUAAUCUAGUAGUUUGAAGGCAUAUGACUCAAAAGUAACAAGAGAGGCUUCAUCAGGCGGAGCACAAAAGCUUUCUGAGACGAUCCAAAGGCACCUAGGCAUUUUGUCCCAAACUGUUUUAGGUGGAGUUAAUACUCAUCAUUACAGGGGAUAAAACAGGGAUAUUAGUGAAGCCAAAGCUAAGUUUUAUCCCAGACAUCUACUGAGUUGAAGAAAGUAGGAAAUGAAAAACAAUAAUCUAUAGAUUAGAAGCGACAAUAAACUUGGUUACCAAUUGAGAAAAUAUAUAAUACAAAUCUAUGAAUAUAUAAAUGGACACUAUAUUGCUACACAAUUAAUGAAUUAAUAUAUGUGAAUUGGUGACUAAGUCUUUAGGACUGGUUUUUGCAUUUAGAUUUUCUGAACCUGAAACUUAGGAAGUGUGAAGUGGGUCAGUUUUUGGAGAGCCACACAUUGAUGCUGUUGACACAAAGUUUAUUAUCUCUCCACAUGAAACAUAAAACAAACAAACAAAAAAACUGACAGCUUUAACAUUACUUGCAGAUUUAAAGCAGUUUAAGAUUUAAAAAAGAGCUCAGCUCAACUUAGAGAUUUUUCAGUAGACAAAUGUAAAUAAAUGAAAUGAUGUAAACAGACAAAGAGUGUGUGUUAUAUUAAAAUAUUUAAUCUGUUUGUUGCUUAUUACUACAGGCUACAACUGUUUCUGGUUAUCUCUGUUCUGUCUGUCCUCCAGAGUGGCGGACAGGAAGUUACAAAUACCCAAUAAACUGGCAUUUAUAUGGCUAGAGUUAGCUAGUUUCUGCACAUCAGCUAAAUUUAGAUUAUGAUAGAAUAUAAACUGAUGUUAGCUCGCUAACCUUGGCUGAUCUUGUAAUCUGACCUAACUCUUAGAACGCCAAAACCUGACUUUUACAUUCUCAUCUGAGGUUAAUGUACAUUUUGCAUUGACUGAUGCUGGAAAAUACAACUUUUUUUUUAUUCAGUGCAACAUUGUGCACAUACAUUUUUGUUGUGUUUUUGUGCCAACAGAAAAUAAUGCGGUGUGUAAAGAUCUGAAAAAACAAAAAACAAAAAGAACAAAAAACUGUAAACAUUUCUACUAUGUUGUAAAAUAUAUGUUCAGUUUUCAAGACAUAUUAAAAGGACAAAUUGAAAUCA